AAUCAUCAAAUGCUGCCACCAUGUAGCAAAGCGGAAGUCUGACCGUUCCUUGGCCUUGGUUUGCCGACCGCUUGAGGAAAUUCGACGAGUGUUUGCAUGAACAAGCGGCAUCCUUUGAGGAAUUCCAGCUGGACUUCGAGAAGACGUUCGACGCCAUCUGGAAUUACGAGAGCCGCAAGUGGCUUCAGUUCCUGGUCGCGCUGGGGCUCCGAUACCGCCGCCUCAUUGAGAUCAUGUCGAAGAUGUACGAGCUGGGAGGACUUGGGUCGGGCAAAGAUCCCAUCUCCUUCGAAGCUUUCGCGGACACCGCCGAGAAUCAGUGGCAUACCUUUGAGCGACAUCAUCAACUGAGCCCUGAUGAGAUUCGCUUGUUUCUCGCUGUUUUCGCAGUAGGGCCUCAAGCAGGGACGAAAAGGUUCGCUCAGCAACGACGAGCUUUACUGAACGCAGUCUUCGGACUUGAAGAAGCAUACGACCAGUAACUCGAUCCGACCAUCGCAUCCUGAAAAAACAACCUUGGUGAGGUCUUCAAUGCCAGGCAACGUCGUUGCGGUACCAAAUACGGAAGAUACCACGAACGAAAGUG